AUGCGGUCGGAGGCGGAGAGCGCAGCGGUGCGUGUGGACCGCCUGGAACGUGAGGUGGACUACCUGGAGACGCAGAACCCCGCACCGCCCUGCGUGGAGGUGGACGAACGGAAGCAGGUGGCCACGGCCAAGCAGAAGAAGAAUGAGAAAUACACCAAGCUGACAGACUGCAGCGACACCAUCGCGAGUGUCAGGGCCAUGAAGAUCCUGAAGCGUUUUGGCAGCACCUCGGGACUCUGGACCAAGGAUGCCGCAGGGAAUUCUGAGAAGAUCUAUGUCUUCGAUGGCACUGCCAACGACACAGUGUAUGUCUUCCCCCGCAUGCGGGAGUUCACCCUCUUCUCUGCCACCCGCAAGGCUGCCCGCAUUAAGUUGCCCUACCCCUGGGUGGGCACCGGGCACCUCGUCUACGAUGGGCACCUCUACUACAUCCGCCAGCAGGGCUCCGGCCCCUUCCAGGUGAUCAAGUUCAACCUGGCCAACAAGACGGUGGUGGACAGCUCGGUGUUCCCCGCCGAGGAGCAGAUCCCGGUCUUUGGGCUCUCCCCCUUCACUUACAUCGAGGUGGCGGCAGACGAGGAGGGGCUCUGGGCCAUCUACGCCACCAAGGAGGAUGAGAAGAACAUAUGCCUGGCCAAGCUGGACCCCACUUCGCUGGACAUCGAGCAGAUGUGGGACACGCCGUGCCCUCGGGAGAACGCCGAGGGCGCCUUCGUGGUGUGUGGGGCCCUGCACGUGGUCUACAACACCCGCCUGCCCAGCCGCUCCCGCGUGCAGUGCGUCUUCGACGUCAGCGGCACCCUGGCCCCCGAGGACGCCUCCCUCGUCUACUUCCCCAAGCGCCCCGGCUCCCACUCCGGCAUGAAGUACAGCCCCCGGGAGAGGCAGAUCUACGCCUGGGACGAUGGCUACCAGAUCAUCUACCGCAUGGAGAUGAAGAAGAAGCUGGAGGUCUGAGGGGCC